UGACAGGGUCCCCUAAAUUGUGUCUAUGACGCCUGAUCCAUCCCGUCAAAACCAUUAAGGAGGAGACUGGGUGUGAUGAUAAUGUAUUGAUCAGAUUGUGAUGGAUGACCCCGGAGGAUAUAUAAGUGAAGCUCUGGGCCGUGCAGAGGUAUAGUCCAGAUCUGACCCUCUGAAGAUAAAGGCACCAUGAUCUCUGCAGCCCUCUUUUACCUCCUCGCUGUGAUUUGUUCUGCAAGAUGGACGCAUGCUCUGCCCCUCUACCCCGACACCAACCUGGAGCCACAGGCAGAUUUCAUUCAGAAGUUAGUGUCAGAGGUGGAGGAGGGAGCGAACACUGCUGAGGGGGAGCAGAGGGAGGUGAACAAUCUGUAUCCUCUUCUGAUGCAGCACAAUGGAGGAAGAGACUCCUGGAAUAAAGGGGCUAAAGAGUCGGCGCAGCAAGAGAAGUUUACAAAUAUGGUCGACAACCUAAAAGAAGCCGUGAUGACGCUGGCGGCGGCUGACAAGCUCCGCUCUCAGGGUUUUCUCAGAUCAGAGCAGAACUUGCCAAAAACAAACAAAAGAGCGUGUUUCUGGAAAUACUGCGUCACCAACUAGAGCUGAGCGGCCGGCCGGAUGUUUGGUGUGAUUUCAGCUCGGCGUCUCGCUGCCCAUCGUCACUCUUGACUCCCAUCGAACGGCAUAAUCAUCGUCUGAACUGAAUCAACAGAAGAUAUAUUUUUGAAGCUGUAAGAUUAUUGUUUUCUUUUGUGGCUGAAAAUAAAGUUGAAUAUCAGAAAUGCCAUCGAGGUGACCUGCUCUCAGGCGUGACGCUUGUAAAAAUGUUUAUGAUAUUCAGUGAAUGAGACCUAAAGAAGGAUUAUAGAACAGUUAUCAGCACACACAUGAACCACAUAAGACUCAAGAUUAUGACAAACUAAUUUGAUGUUUUUUUAUUAGUGUGACAGUGAGACAAUAAUCAUCUCAAAAUGUGUUUGUACAGGAUGAGAUACAGGAGUGUAAUUCCACGUAUUAUUUCAUGUUUUACAUUAGAACAAACUGUUAUUGAAGGUUUCUGUGUUUUCUGCUGCUCACACUAACACAAUCACAUUUACAUCGACGAGGGUGUUUUGAUCAUAAAAAGCAUGAAAAAAAA